AUGUCAACAGCUCAAAGAGCCCUCCCAGCCACGCACGGCUCCCGCACCCAGACCAUCACCCCCACGCCCGCGCUCGAAGCGGGAACUGAAGCGGGUCCUAGUCGUCCUUCCGCGGUCGUCCCGCCGACAGGCGUACUGAAGCUUCGAGGAGGGACAGGGAGGAAGGCCAAGGUCGUUUGGAGUGAAGAGGUGGUUGAUAAUGAGGGUAUGGGACGGAAGAAGUCGAAGAUCUGCUGUAUCUACAACAAGCCGAGAGCAUUCGAUGAGUCAUCAAGCGAGUCAGGGUCAGACUCGGAGCACGAUCACGACCACGGUCACGAUCACGCGGGGCCUGCAAGCGGGAAAGCGAAGGGCAAGGGGAGGGCGGUGAUGCGAAGACCGGACGCGACGGGGGCGGGCGAAGAGGAGAUGUCCGAGCCCAGCUCAGAAUCAGAUGGAGGUGGUGGAGAUGGACGAGCGAGACCCGCUCGGAAAGCCCCGCGCCGGAAACAUCGGCAUCACCAUGGUCAUGAUCACGACCAUGGAGCGGACGGCCACGAAUGUGCGGGACUCGCGGCCAAGGCGAACAAGUAUGAUGUACAGCCGAGAGCGUCGGGGAAGGCGCCGCCUGCUACCUGA